GGGAGUCUGCGCAGUGCUGACUGGUUGGCUUUGCCCGGUGUACUGUGUCACGUGAGGCCGGCCGUUUGGCCGGCAAGCAGGCGCGGUUUGUCACAUUGUGACUGAGGCCGGGAGAGGAGCAAAGGGGGAAUCCGCAACCAGCCAGAGGGAUGGGGAGCAGCUCCACUGUGAAAGAAUGGGCUGCAGCAAUUUCACUGACUGUUGGAGCAGCUGCUGUUGGGUACCUAGCCUACAGAACUUUAUACUCCAGAGACAAAAGCCAUAAAUCAUUGGUUAACCUAGACAUCCAGAAAGAUACCCCUAAAGUAGUGCAUGCGUUCGAUGUUGAAGACCUGGGCGAUAAAGCUGUGUAUUGUCGAUGUUGGCGAUCUAAACGGUUCCCAAUGUGUGAUGGUUCUCAUACUAAACACAAUGAAGAAACUGGAGACAAUGUAGGGCCACUGAUAAUCAAGAAAAGAGAAGCCUGAUGCAAGGAUAUUUUAACAUAUAAAAACUAUAGAACAUGUUUUGUGUUAAUAUACAAAUAAUUCCUGCACACCAUGGCAGGUGUAAAAUUAAAUAGAUGUAAGCUGUGUGGUGCAGACCUUAAUUUUCAUCAAGGCUCACUCUGUAUGACUGAAAACACUAAUCUGGCCUUGAUAUCAUUUCAGACGUUCUUACAAAAUGACUGUGGUUGCUCGUAUUUUUGUUAUUGUGCGUGUAUAAAGUAAAAUAUUGGUGUGGUACAAUGCAGUAAGAUAUUUCUUUCUAAAUUGUAGUGGCAAAUACAUUAUUAUUUUGAUCAUUUCACAAAGUCAAACAAAUAAAGGAUUGGGAGUUGUUUGAAAUCUAUGUGUUAUAUUUUACCUAAUGCCAUGAGGGGAAAAAAGAUUUAGAUUUAUAAAGCCCCUUUUACAACCAAUGGAUGCCUCAAAGUACUUUACAGUUGAUUAACUAAUUUUGAGUACAUGCAAUUGAAUAAUAUUUGCUUUGGGCUGGAUGUAGGCUUGUUAAAAACUUGUUCUGCUUGGUUCCAAUUUGAAUGUACGGGAGCAUGGGAAAGUAGAAGGGCCCAAUGGCCUAAUCCUGCUCCUAAGCCCCAUGUAGAGGAAUGGAAAAGACUCUGCUCUCUAUCUGACUAACUCUAAAACCUAAUAACUACAAAGUGCCCACCGCCUGAAACAACAAUCCAUUUCAACUUUUCCACACUAUCUGCUUCUCUGAUCAGUCCAUUCCAUACAUUCAGCACCAAAAGUAUUUAAAUCAAGCCAUCCAUUACCACUCUUCAAGAUUUGAACCCUGUAUUCUGGUUCGUGAGACUGGCAACUUUAGAAAUGAUCUUUCAGAAUUUCAGUUGCUUAAACAAUAUUUCCCCUGUGCAUUCUCUUCAGAAUAACACUCUCUCCAAUUGCUCCUUGCCUUGACAUAGGCAGCAGUUUGUUAUUUUCUGCACUACUAUAUUUGUAUAUAAACAAUUUACACAGCAAGAACCCAUUACUUAAUCAGUGCAACUUGCAUGUUGUAGACAAAAUGUAGUUCUUGUGUUUACAUGCAUACAUGGAAUUAGGUUAAUAUAUAACUACAUUUUGAAAUGUGCAUGCUUGAUAAAUUGUGAAAGGUUUGGCUAGUAUAUUUUUAUAUUUUCAUAAUUCUGACCGCUGGAAUUGUGCAGAAAGUCUCUCACGCAGGUAAAUUCUUAGAUGAUUUGUGCUGUCUUUCUGAAGUCAAUUCUCCAUUUUAUAAUUUGGAAAUGUGUAAACUGGCACCAUGACAGAGGAAAAUUGAAAUUCUCAUUAAUUCUGCUCAUAAAGAUGACCUUUAAAUGUUA